AUGUUAAAUGCUAUUGCACGAAGUAUAUAUUAUAUGCGUCUAUAUCAAAAAGAUGAACAAUACGUAAAAUCAUAUGUUAUUAAAACAAUUGUUCUUUGGAUGUGUGAAGAAAUUGAUUUUGAUGAAAUGUUUAAAACUGAAAUGAACGAAGAGAUUAUUGUCAAUAAGUUAGGACAAAUGUUUGUAUCUUAUCUUCGUAAGAAAUUAUGUUCGGGAAUAUGUGAACAUUAUUUUAUUGAAAAUAUCAAUUUAUUUGAACAAUGUAAUCAAACCUAUUUAGAUAUGAUGUGUAAUCGUCUCGAAAAUCCAAUAAACAAUCGAAAUGAAUCAUUAACAAAGGAAUUUUAUUAUCAUUUUUCACAAUUUACUCCUGACGAUACACUUUAUCGUCUUAUUCAAGCAACAAAUGAAAUGAUUAACGAAUUUCAUCAAAUCCAAUUGACACAUUUUGAUCGAAUGACUUCAGUUUACAUACCGAGUAAAUUUGAUCCUUUAUUAAAUCAGUUGUUUUAUCAAUUAUAUAGAGUCGAAACAGAUGAUCAAUGGUGGACAAAGUGGAAGAAUUAUUUUCUCGAUUUACAAAUGACUACUAACGAUAGAAAUUAUGAGAAUGAAUUUGAUUUGUGUGGUAUUAGUAUAAACGAUAUUUAUUUUGUUUUGCAAGAUUUUGCUUAUGAUAUACAACAAGAAUGGAAUAAUAUUGAUUAUCUACUGAUGAAUAAUACACUAACUCGUUUUAUAUAUUAUAAUCAGUCAUCUACAGUCAAUUAUGCUAUUCAACUUUGUAGUAAAAUGCUUUAUGAUCGAAAUAUUUAUUUUUUGAGAGGCUAUUCACUCACUCAGAUUCUAUUUAAUGGUUCAUUUGCUACCAAUAUAGAUGAUCAAAAAAAGAUUAUUCAGACUAUGAUUAAAGCAUGUUUUUUAAAAGAAUCAAGACAAAUACAAGAACACUCUCUAAUUCAUAUAAAUGAAACGGAACAGGCAUCAUUCUCCAAAGAACAAUUGAUUGAAGAAUAUUGGCUUCAAGUCUUACCUCACAUUAUUAUGGAUCUUCAUGAAUUAGCGGAUAUGGGUUUUUCGAAUUCAGGAAGUUUAUUUUCACCAAGUGUAGAAGAAACCAAAGGCUGCAACUGUGGGGGAUUUCUUCGGACAUUCUACUUGUUGUGGAACAAAUAA